CCUGGUCUAAUUUUCGUAACACUUUGAAGUUUGCAUCGGCACCUGCACCCGACUUUUGAUUGAAUAAAUUAUAAAAAAAACCUUAUUUAUACGAAUUUUAUCAUCAACAACAAUAAUUUAUGUGAAGCAACUAGUUUAUUUAAAAAAAGAAGAACAACUGUGAAACAUUUAUACAUUUUUAAACAAGAUGGAAUGUCAAGAGUCAAAUUUUACAAAUAAUGUUGCACAAAAGAAGACCAUGUCGGCUACUGAUCGAAGCGCAACAAAGAAAUCAUUGACAAUACUCGCAGUGAUAUUUUUAAUGAGCUUGGCGGCAAUGUCUUAUGUGUAUAUGAUGUUUCCCGAACUAGACGAGACGGAAAAGCAGUACAUCAAAAUACCAAGAGAUAUUAAUGACGCAAAAAUGUUAGCCAAAGUAUUAGAUCAAUACAAGGACAUGUACUAUUUUGAAGUAAUGUUUGGAGUUGUCACGACCUAUGUGUUCCUGCAAACGUUCGCCAUUCCAGGAUCUUUGUUUCUAUCAAUAUUACUUGGAUUUCUUUAUAAAUUUCCAAUAGCAUUAUUUUUAAUAUGCUUUUGUUCGUCAUUAGGAGCUACGUUGUGCUAUAGUAUAUCAAACUUAGUUGGUCGAAGAUUAAUUUGUCAUUUUUGGCCAACAAAGACAGCCGAAUGGAUUAAGCAAGUGGAAAAUCACCAAAACAGUCUUUUUAACUAUAUGCUAUUUCUUCGUAUGACACCCAUUUUACCAAAUUGGUUCAUUAAUAUAGCUUCGCCGGUUAUUGGUGUUCCAAUCUACACAUUUGCAUUUGGUACUUUCUUCGGAGUUGCACCGCCAUCAGUCAUUGCCAUACAAACUGGAAAGACACUUCAAAAGAUGACAAGCUCGAAUGAAGCUUUUUCAUGGACUUCUGUUGGUAUUUUAACAGUAUGUGCUAUCUUAUCUUUAGUUCCGGGGUUACUUAAAAACAAGCUUAAAAAAAAACUUGAAUAAACUUAUUAGGUUGUGUUAAAUGUAAUGUUGUUUUUUUUUUUGUGUAAUUACCUGUUUUCUUGUUACUAUUAUAUUUUAUUUAUGUAUAUAAUGCGUUCUGGGGAUCAUAGCAUUUACAAAUCAAAAUUAGAUUGUUUGAUAUUGAGUAUUUUUUAUAUAGAACUUUUGUUUGAUAAGAAUGCAUAAACUUAUAUAAUUUAAGCGUUUUCGAUUAUUUUUAUAGUAAAGUUUGAUUGUUUUUUUUUUUCUUUGUAUGAAACAAAUUCAUUAAAGUCAUCAUUCAAGCCAACAUUAUGUUAUUGGGUUGAAAUUAUUUAAAAACUAGAAUCAAUACAAUUGGACAAGACAGGCAUAUUACAAUAUUGUUGUAUUUUAUAUCAAAAAUAUAUGCGCAUGUUAACCUACAUGAAACAUUUUUUUGAAAAAUAAAAACAUGUUAUAUCCUAGCAGCAGAA